UCUCUCUCUCUCUCUCUCUCCCGUUGUGCAUUAUUAAGCGUGCCCGCGCGCGCCCAACACGCGCCAACAUUCGCCAUUGAAGCAACCGAGUACAAUUUGCGAUGUGUGAUAAUACUAACACCACGACGCAGAGUAUAGCGGACUACCUGUCACAGUUGUUGAAGGACCGGAAGCAGCUAGCUGCCUUCCCGAAUGUCUUCAUACACGUGGAGCGUCUCCUGGACGAGGAGAUCGCAAAGGUGCGGGCGAGUCUUUUUCAAAUCAGCGGAGUGAAGAAGGAGCCGCUCGUCUUGCCGGAACCCGAAGGCGACAUCACGACUCUCACAGAGAAGGUCUACGUACCCGUUAAAGAACAUCCAGACUUUAACUUCGUCGGGAGGAUUUUGGGCCCACGAGGCAUGACUGCGAAACAAUUGGAGCAGGAGACAGGAUGUAAAAUCAUGGUUCGCGGAAAAGGGUCGAUGAGGGACAAAAAGAAGGAGGAGCAAAAUCGGGGCAAGCCGAAUUGGGAACACCUGACGGACGAGUUGCACGUGUUGCUCACUGUCGAGGACACCGAGAAUCGUGCCACCUUGAAGCUCGCUCGUGCCGUCGAGGAAGUCAAGAAGCUUCUCGUGCCCGUGCAGGCUGACGGCGAGGAUGAGCUAAAGAAGAGGCAGCUAAUGGAACUCGCCAUUAUCAAUGGGACUUACCGGGAUUCGAACACAAAGGUUGCCGCCGCAGCAGCCUGCGACGAGGAAUGGCGGCGAGUGGCCGCCGCCGCGGCGGCGGAAUCGCAGCGCCUGCUGCCUGGUCUGGCGACGCCGAUGCGGACCCCAAGUGCGCCCCUGGGUGCGCCGCUGAUCCUCUCGCCCCGGAUAUCGGUGCCGACGACCGCCGCCUCCCUGCUCAACGGCUCCGGGCCCCCUGGCUCGCUUCUGUCGGCCGGUGACCCUCACGGGCUCAUCUACACCCCGUACGCGGAUUACGCCAACUACGCAGCCCUGGCCUCGCCGUUGCUCACCGAGUACGCCACUGCUGAUCAUUCUGGCGCAGCGGCGGCCGCCGCCAAGCAGCGUAGACACCUGGGUCAGAUCCGCGAGCACCCUUAUCAAAGGGCCGGCGCUCUCUCGUGAACACACAGAGACAGCGCGAGUAUACAAAGAGAGAGAAAGAGAGAGAGGUAGAGCGAGAAAGAGAGAGAAAGUGAGAGAGAGAGAGAAAAAAGCACUGUUCUCGCGCCAACGCGGAAAGGCUUGGAGUGCUAACAAUGGAUAUCCACUCGCCCCGUGCUAACACCUGGACUCUGGAACAGCAUCCCGCGAUUCGAUCGGUUCACCAACCAGCCGACCACCUUCGCCGUCCGUCCGCGUCACCAGCCCUGUUCGUUCGUCAAGCUUAUCCAUCAUCCUGUAUCCUCUUAAUGUCUCAAAAAGACGAUAAUUAUUUCUCUCUCGGCGACGAAUCGUCGAUUUGGAUUCCGAGCCACCUCUUCGUCGUCGACGAAUAAUUAAUAUAAUUAAUUCAUAUAUAUAUAUAUUAAUUCAUAUACUAUAUAUAUAAUUAAUUCAUAUAUUAAAUCAUUUUGCAGAACAUUAGAGCGCUCGCAUAAUAUAUAUAUAUAUAUAUAUAUAUAUAUAUAUAUAUAUAUAUAUGAACGCUAAUAAAUGUGAGAUUCGACUCGAUAAUGGAAUAUAUAAGAUACAUCUCUAUAUAUAAUAUAUAUAUUCCAUAUAUAUUCUUUUAUUCUUUUGGGCGAGUAAACGCGGGAUUCGAGUAAAUUGAGUAGUUUUUAAAGACAAUAGAGCUUGCCGGAUAUUUUUUAUUUUGUCCCCCCUCGACGAGAGGGCAAAUUAUAUCGCUUUGAUAUCCGAAGUAUUUUAUUUUCUCUCUCUUCUCGCGAAAAUGAAAGAGUUGUUCGCGCUUUCUCCAGUACUUACGAUUUUACGCUGACAGAUCUUCGUCAUCCUCGAAGGUCUGACAGCGCGAGAACAUGUGACAAUAUAUUAAAUACAACUUAAACACGACGAGAUUUUUUCUUUUUUUUUAUAAAGAAGACGUCGAAUGAAAAAAAGGAAAAAAAGACGCGCGUAUUCGCUCUAAAGGCGAAAAUCACAACCAGAUAUUAUAUGAUAUUUCCGUCUUCCUCUUUUCUCGUGUGUGCGACACAUCACAUUAUAAAGAAGCUCGAAAUUCUAUAUACAACUCUCUCGCAUAAAUGUGCCUUACAUUUAAUGUUAACAUAGUGCGUUACUGUUUUUCUUCUAUUUUUAAUCUUGUUAAAAUAUAUCGGUAGUCUAUGUAAUAGAUUAGAACUGUGCAAUCAAAAUUCAUCUUUUCAAUUACAUAUACAUACAUAUAUUAAGCGAAAGAGAAGGGUAGAAUAAAGCCACCAAAUAGAGCAAAAGGUGACUUUUUUCUAGCAAUCCAUUUCGUUGCAAGCUAUAUAUGUUAAGGAAACCUUGUAAUCUAUAGAAUGUCCCGAAGAGAAGGCUUUAAACGGUCCGUCGUCGGACGCGGAUAUACGAGAGCUACAUGUAUAUAUAUAAUAUUGUUUCAGCCAAAAGUAUUAAAGAGAAAUGCUAAUCACAGA